CACUGUCCAUGGGAGUCUACCCAGCCUGAUAUCUUUCCUCUACGCCCAACCGCGAAACCUUGAAAAGUCCUUCUUUUUUAAUGUUCUUGACAGAUUACAUAUGGAAUGACAGUAUUUUUUGUUAUUUUGUUAAUGUGUUGUGAAUUCUCAUUUGGAUGAAUAUUGAAAACCUGCCAAAUACUAAUUCAUAAUCUUAUCGUUUCUUCUGACAAUACUUUUUUUCGAUUCAAGCAAAAAACUCUGUUGUAUACUGAUAUUGUAAUUCAUUACUCUGAUGAGAAUGAUGCUAUCAGUUUCUUUCUUCAAAAUUUAACGAAAGGUUUUAGCUUGCAGAUAAGGAUGUCGAUCAUUGAUUUUGAAGUUUAACGAUCUUCCAGUAACAGCAUUUAUUGCACUGCGGGAAGUGAAGGUACGAAAUCUAAAAAAAAUAUAUCAAACAGAGAUGCUAUAUCCAGCAAGUGUCUUCCAAAAACACAUGAGCAUGGUGCGAUUAUUGGAACGAAAAUAAUAUCUCAGAAAGAUUAUGCAGGAAAAUUUGACAAGAUUAGAAAUUGCAAACGGAAUUUGUUUUAUAAGUGUAGGUUUCUCAUCUACCUAAGGCACUGCGAAUGAAAAAAGGCAGAUAUGGCAACUGUAGUGAAAAAAACGAAUGAAAAAUUUACUUGUGUGAAGUAAAUAUUUUAGGUGAAGGAAGUCCAUAUCCAGUAAGGAAGAACGACGUAGAUCAGGGUGAAGUUGUAGAAGAAGAGGUUUUAGAAGCCGAAGUGGAUAAUCUGUCUUCAAACGAAUCAGAAGAUCAGAAAACGAAAUUUACAAUCCUUUAAUGCCAAAUCUGCAAUCCCCAUCAAAGGAGACUCGCAUGACGAAUUUAAUAAUGAUUCUUGCAAAGAGUUUGAUUGCGUGAGCAUGCUAGAGGACGAUGAAGAAACUCCUGUUACCGAUGAAGAACGAAAUGCAUUUUUGUUACUGUACUUUCACCGGAAUUUUUCCGCAGGAUUUACACAUAAAUUUCGAUUAGAUAAAGCACAAACUGACAGUAGCACCGAUGGCAGUUCGUUACCUCGAACAAAUUCUUUAGGAAAACAAGUGGAAGACAAACAAAUUCAAAUGCAUUGGUAAACGCCGCAAAAAAUGUGUGGCCCAAUAGACACGAAGGAAAACAUAGUUUAACGAUAAAAGAUAGUAUUGUAAUGAGCAUACUGCCAUGGCUGUCUCGAGAAGAGAUAGCGAUAACCUGCCAAAAUGCUUCAGUGACUUUAAACCGACGAGAGUUGUUUUAGAUUGCACUGAGGUCCCGAUUAAAAGGUCAAAAUAUCUGAGAUGUUACAUUCGGUGUUAUUCUCAGUACAAAUCGACAUUCACUUUUAAGGUUUUGGAGGAAGGUGACGAUGGCUUUUCCUCCUCUAGUUAGUUCAACUCCACCCCCUUUGGAUAAUUGUGGAGAAUCUGAUGAGGAUGAGUUUGGGGACUUUACAGUAGGCGGAUUAGAUGGUUUAUCUGCUGCGUCUGAUUCACCUCAAAAGCUUGUGAGUUCAGUUCAGACGCCAAUACCAUGUGUUUUUCCUGAAGUGAAUGCAAUCCUUGAAGAAAUAUCUUCUACUAGUCCAUCUUCAAUGAAGCAACUUACUCCUAAGUCAUUAGUCAUUGAUGAUUAUCUGAUCGAUAAAGAUACUGACAGCACAGUGAGCCACUUAAAUUCAGAUAAUAGAAGAGAGCAUAUUAUUUUUAAUGCCAAUACCGAAUCAACAAAAAGUACCCAGAGGGAUAGUGAUAGUUUUGGCUCUUGUAUUUCAGUUGCAAGUGGAUUAGAGCAGACAAGUUAUGUUUCCACUGACGUAGUGAUUGUUAAUAAUAACAGUAAUUCAGAUGAUAGCGUAAGAACUAGUAGCCAACGGGAAGACGAAGAAACUUUAAGUAGUCCAGAUUUGAAUGACGAUCAGGAACCACUCAGUUUAAUUCUCGAUGAUCCCAGUAGUAUGCCUCACUUACAUCAAAGUUCGGAGGAUGAUUUCUAUAAUUACGAAACGUAUGAGAAUGCUGUUAAAUGCGAUUUCAAGAAAAUGGGAAAUACACAGAUUGAAAAUACUUUCGAAACCGCUGAAUCCGAUUUAAGAUGUGAGGAAACUUUCGAUCUUCGACAAGAUAGAGUAAGUCCUAAGAAAACAUUUUCCGACCUGAACAUUUUGCCAAAAAAUUCGACUUUUGAAAAGUGGACGAUAUCCCAAAAUGAUGAAGUGGGGAUGGACGAGUCUGAUAAUUUCCACAACUUAACGUGCUUUGGCAGAACUGUGUAUCAAGAAGUAAACUUAACCUCUACGUCUGUCGAUCACAAUGAUAGGAAUCCGGAUGCCGAAAAUGAAUUAAAUUUCAGCCAUUUUUCCGGUGAAACUGUAGCGACCCAAACCGAGGAGAAUUGUACGUACUCAAAAAAUAUAAAUGAGGACGUUUCGUGUAUUAAUAAAAUUCCUGGUCUUGGGCUAUCCAUUUUUCCAAUAGGUAAUAAAAAAGAAUUUAAGAAAAUAAAUGACGAUCUCUACGAUCUUUCGAAACACUUGAGUUUUUCUGAAACAACCAACUUUGGAGGCAGCUAUGCUAGUAUACAGUCAAGUCAAGAAGACUUUUCAGUCAAUGUGGAUAUACAUACGACAAUCAAGCGAAGCUCAAACUUUGGGAAACUCGAUCAAACUAACGAAUUAGAUGAUUUCGGUGAUUUUACUGAUUUUUCAACCACUCCAGUCGACAAAAUUUCUGAUGAAUCUAAAGAUUUCCCUUUGAGUCUACAAGAACCAACAAGGACAGUCGGUGAACAGGAUGAUGAUUUUGAGGAAUAUGGUGAUUUCGAAUGUACUACGGACGCACUAAGAGAGCAGUUUAGUUUGAAAGAUUCAAUUAGUCGGAUAGACAACAAGAAUGCUUCAAACAAGAUAGAGGAUAUAAUAUCUAUUAUGUUUCCUGCCAAUUAUAUAGUGCAAGAUGCCACUUUAUCGCCCCUAAUUAUCGAAACUGAUCAGGUUUGGGAAAGUUUGAAGAGCGUUGAGGAAACUAAUGCACUGUCAUACCAGUGGUCUAACAGCUCGAGCAAUAAUAUUCUUCUCAGCUCCCUGGACAUCGAUUCUCGAAACAUUUUAUUUGGGCCAAGGUGGAAUCCAAAAAUUCCUAGAUUUGCAGCUAAUCUCGGUUUCUCUCCUUUAGAGCCCAUGAAAGCUUCCAACGAUUUUCAACAGAUGAGCACGACUAGUACGAGGAAGGCAAAAAUUGUAAUGCCUUCAGAGCAGGAAGUACCAGCAGCACAAUUCGACUGGAAUGGUGCAGGACUCACUAAUCCUUUAGAAUCAAAUCCAGCCGAAUUAGUUGCUGUGCAAGAAUGUAAUCUUCCUCGAGGAACAGCAUUUGGGCAACCGAGUGAUUCUCUGAACGUCGACUUGACCAAAUUUCAGAAGCAAUCGCAGUCCUUUAGGAUAAUUGAACCGUUGCCAGAGCAGAGCUCAAUUGUCAGCUGGAAAAUGAAGCAUGACUUAGAAUCAGUGAAAAUUGUUAGCCCUCAGAAACCCGAAAUAAAUUUUGGAAAUUUUCAUAAUGGCAUAUCUUCACUAAUUAGCAAUACUGAUGCAUCAUCCGAUGACCUUAACGUUAAGAAGCAAGAAUAUCAGAAAAAAUUAUCGACGAGCAAAUGGAAGUACUCGAAUGGAGAAAACGUGAUAUUGGAUAGAUUCGGCAGGCCGAUGAGUAUCAGACCAGAAACUAUGAACGUUUUGAAACAGUUACCUGACAUUUCUUUUCUAAGUGCACGAACGUUGCUUUUCAAUCCAGAACAGAGACAUUUUGUUCAGGACUUAGGUGCUAUGAUAAAUCGGAAAAUGCCAGGCUGAGUGACGUCGGUCUGAAUAUGAGUUUGAAAGGCAAUUGUUUUAUCGCGAUUCUAAAACUAAUUCGUUAAGACAAAACAGAUGACGGAUGUAUCCUUUUUGCUACUAAUCGACAAAUUCCAAUUCAUAACUCCUGUUACCUUUCAAACUUGUGUUCAGGCCAAUUGACAUAUCACCUUUUUCACCGAGAGUUGAUUCUAAUGCAUCGGCUAUUAAGAAAUUAUUGGAGAUCAUUUGUAUUAGUAGAGAUAUAAAAUUUAGCAGAAUUUAAAAUUGGAGACCUCAGAAGUGAGUACUAAAGUAAUGUGCGGCCGUAACUGUGUUAAUAAUGAUUGAGGUUAUAAUUAUGUCCAAUAUUAAUCAUUUUAAAACGUAUGUGAAAUAUUUCGAUAACCUCGUGUAUUAUGAUUUGAGUAAUAAACAGUACUCUAGGUGAUAGUAUAGUGAUGGAACUUCCUUAAUAAGUUUUAAAUUACUCUGCUUCGAAUUUGAGAAAGCAUAGAAGAUUGAGAAAGUUCAACAAUUAACGAGUGAUACUUAAAAUAAAUAUUUUAACUUCGUAAGUACAAGAUUUCAAAGUGCUUCGCAAUGGAUUCCAAUUUUAAGUCAUUUCAUAUCUCGGAAGUGGUGUAAAAGUAGGGAAUAAUGGUAAUU